UUAGUGCGGGGCGGGUUCUGGUGCACUUUUUGACCUUUGACCUUUGGGCCAAAUAAGGCACACUGUGUCGGGCUCGUUUGGUCUGGCUCGGGGACUCCCCCAGGGUUUGACCUUUGACCUUUGGGUUAAAUAAGGCACACUGUGUCGGGCGCGCUUGGUCUGGCCCCGGGACUCCCCCAGGGUUCGACCUUUGGCCCUGCCAUGCCAUAAAUGUCAUCAUGUUCUUUUCCGUGGCGACCGUGCACUUGUGCACGUUCGGUGCAUUCGCACCAGGGAGUAGUAAAAUACGUACUACUCCCUGAUUUGCACAUCGUAGAUGUGCAGUGAAUGACAUAUUGCGCAUGCGCGCAUAAGUACGCGGAGCGUGCGACCUUCAGUGGCCCUGCGUGUGGAAAAGACGUAUACACCAGGUGUACACGUGUCAUUGUAGGGUGAUAUAGCCGACCUCAUAUACGCUGUACGGGGAGAUUAUUUCCUCAGUAUGUUGUAGGCAGUGCUGGAGGUGACGUGACGAUGGCGGAGCCAAGUGCAAAACGAUCUAGGCAGCCCAGACAGCCCACCUCGAGUGCCGUGCGUGGGUUUUUGAAAAAGUUUUCUUUGCCAGGUUCAGGCACUGAUCCUCUCGUCUUUUUCAGCAGCCAUCAUGACGAGCUCCGACAGGUUCUGCUCGAGGAGCUUCAGUCUCACCCUUUCAAGGUGGUUUUAGUUUUGAGGGUGGAGAUGACACGAGAGUCGGCCACGGGUAGUACGUCUGCCGUCCCGUUUUUUAGAAGUAGACCGGCUCGGAUCCUCAGCGAAGGGGACAUUGAUAGUGCAGUCAAGACGAUGGUGGCGAGGAUCACUGGUCUUAUUGAUAAGUGGAUGCAGAACGGAUCCAACUGGACCGUUUCUCGAGUGAGACAGCUGGAUGUGUCGACAGCAAAGUACACUCCUCUUCGAGGUGGUGCAGCUGCUAUCCCGCCGAAAUUAGAAAAAAAGAAGGCCAUCAUUAACGUAAAGAACAACGAUGACAGGUGUUUGAUGUGGGCGUUGUUGUCAGCGCUGCACCCCGUCGAACAGAAUGCUGAGCGUGCAUCCAAGUACACCCAGUAUGUUGAUGAGCUGCGGUUCGAUGGUGUGAUGUUCCCUGCAACGCUCCGUGAUGUACCCAAAGUGGAGUUACAGAAUGGUCUUGCAAUCAAUGUGUUUGGCUACGAGGGGAAUCUGUACCCACUCUAUCUCAGCGAGCGACAGGAGACUCCAAUCAACCUCCUUCUUCAUGACAACCACUUCACAUGGAUAAAAAACUUCAGUCGUGCAUGUGAGAAUAAGAACAAGCGGGCAACACACUACUGCUUGCGAUGCCUCUCCGCACACAAAACAGCAGACUCCCUGCAGCAUCACAGCGAGAGAUGUCAGGUGAUGAAGCCCGUGCCAGUCGUCAUGCCCACAGCAAAGGACAGAAUCCUCAAAUAUACAAAUUUGAAGCACAGGAUGGUGGCUCCAUACAUCAUUUACGCUGAUACGGAGGCCAUCAUUGAGCCGAUGGAGGAACAGCAUGGCAGCAGCACUGUACGCACAGCCCGUCAUGUACCAUGCAGCAUCAGAUAUGCUGCCAUCCGAUCCAACGGUGAAGUCCGUGGCGAGUUUGACGACUGCAGUGAGAAUGCCAUUCACAACUUUUUCGACAGUCUCAAAGAGUUGGAAGGCAGUAUCCAGGAGGAUUUGGCUGAUAUCAAGCCAAUUCGCAUGACGGCAGAACUGGAGCUUGAGUUUCAGAACGCAGUCAACUGCUGGAUAUGUGAUGAAGUACUUGGAGAAGAUCGUGUUCGUGAUCAUGAUCAUCUCACUGGCAACUACCGCGGUGCUGCACACUACCAGUGUAAUAUUCAGCUGAGUAUCUACCCAGAUCGCCAGAUCAUUCCGGUUGUGUUUCACAACCUGAAAGGGUACGAUGCUCACCACCUCAUCGCCCACAUUGGUAUGACCGAGGUUGAAGAGGUGGAGUACGAGGACUCUAACCAGCGUAAGCGGAUUAAGAAGGUUGGUGAGAUCAGUGUCAUCGCCAACAACAUGGAGAAAUAUAUUUCAUUCAAGUGGCGUCAGUACCGCUUCAUCGACUCCAUGGCCUUCUUGAACUCCUCUCUUGACUCGUUGGUGAGCAACACCCCGGAAGAUGCGCUCAAGCUUACUCGUACAUUGGCCCAUCAUGACCUUCUCCUGCGUAAGGGUGUCUACCCCUACGAGUACAUGGACUCCUUUGCUCGGUUUGAUGAGACACAGCUGCCACCUAAAUCAGCAUUUGAGUCUAGUUUGACUGGAGAAGGUAUCAGUGAUGCCGACUAUGCCCAUGCUCAGAACGUAUGGCAGACAUUUGAGUGCAGUACAAUGGAGACCUAUCAUGACCUCUAUUUGCAAACAGAUGUCUAUCUUCUACAAACAUGA